GGUCACAGAGCCCAGUCCUCAGCUCACGCAUGCACGAAUCAAGUCGACGUUCUUCUCUCUGGGAUUAUUGGAAAUCUGUGAUCGAGACGUGCACACAGCGCUUAUCGCUAAAACUUACAUCUCGAUCUCGCCUGCGGGAAGAAAUAUACCAAAAUCAGAAAUGUGUCGAUUUACAUAUUCAAGACGUAUUUUUGUCGCGUUUGAAUACUAUCACCCUACUGUCAUCUUGCAAUUUUUUAUAAAUUUGAAUUGAACAUCUAGUGAAGCACUUUUCGAGAGAAGAUCGUCGUUUAAAUCAUUAUUUCGUAUAAAAGGAUCACGUUUUGAAAAUGCAAGAAGUAUUUCGCAUUGAAACUUAAUUACUCUCUAUUUGGAAAUCAUUAUAAGAUUGUUUUUCACAUUCAUUUCCACUUAGCCAGUGCAAUUUAUGUCUCUUUGUUAUUAAUAAAAUCUAACAUUGUGCUUUUGUUUCUACGUAAUGGAACGUUCCAAGCGAAAACAGAAGUUAUCAUCUUAUUUCUAUUAAUACACUAUAUAUUGAUACAGGCAAAUUAAAAAUAAUAUCUAAAUGUCGUGUAUAACAUUAUCUAUUUCUGUCGUACCGCAGUAAGUACAAAUUAUAAUUAAGAUACGAUUAUCUGCGCAAUGAUGAUGUAUGUGCGGAUCAAUACACGACGUUCCGACAUAUUCUAGCAAGAUCUCGUAAGAAAUUCAUACUGGAAAUUAAGAAAUGUGUCGCUUGAUCAAUCAUAAACGUAUUAACGACGAAUGCAAACUUUGUGCGAAAAAAAUAUCGCCCUUUGCGUAAUUAUAAUACGCGUAAUUACGCAUUAUCGCACAUUAUCUGAAUGUUCAUUAUCGCGUUCGAUGUGUCUCUUUGUUUCUGCGCCAGGAAAUCAUUAAAUCAUGCGAGCGAUAUUGGCGAUCGUGUUGAUGUUCGUCGCGGGGUACUUCAUUGCAGCGACCACGGCGUCCAAGGACCGCAAUUAUCCCCCUUUCUUCAAGCACCGGACGAAGCUGAGGGAGAUCCGCGGUUUCAAACCGGAAUACAUCUCGACGGCGAUCGGGUUCGGGAAGAGGGACAGCCUCGCGGAGGCCCCGAAUUUCAACGGGCACGAGAAAGAUUUGUUGUCAGCUCUGAGGAACCUCCCGCGCGCGGUGUCGGCGGAUGUGCUACUCCGGAUGAUGCAGACGAAUCCCGCGCUGACUAGCAAGCUGACGCAGCUGUCGAUGCAAAACGACCAGGGCGACCAAGAGGAGUCGAUGACGGAACCACCCUCGAGGCCCGGGAGAGCGUUUGCUCUGUUUUAAUCCCAGCGAUCGCGACGCAAACGACGAAGGGAUAUAUGUCUUAGGUUCUCAGGCGAAACGUGUGUUCGAUAUACCCAUAUACCCUGGAAACAUAUGUUCUUAUAUUUCUCGGUUCUUCGCAUAUUGUAUCGCGAAAUAUUCGCGUAGACGCUAUAUUAAUCUUUGCCUCCCUCGUAGUUUCUCCGCGUCACUCCGCGACGAAGUUAGAUGCGCGACGAAACGGCUAAAUAUUAGGAUCGAGGGACGUUUUUCUUUUUCUUUCACCCGACAAGCAUACAGUCGAUCGAUGUAAAAUUAAAACUUUGUCGUAGAACGAUGUCGAAAAUAUAUAUGUAUAUAUCGAUAGAUGUAUCGUAUAAUUGUGAUUGUUUCUCUUUUUUUAAUCGUUAAAGAUUCGAUAUACUAAUAUUGUGUGUGUAAAAUCGAUGAAUAUACAGAAAUGAAAGAUAGAUGAAAGAAAAUAAAUAAAUGCACAUUUCUCUUUAGAA